UGUCGGCAUAUGCGCCCGUUUUCCGUCUGAAUCCCGCAAGAUUUUCGCGCGCUUAGGUCAUGUGACUUGUUUCGAACAUUCAAAUCUUUCAGUGACAGUAGCCGUACGUGAACCAUUUCCAUUUGGAUAAAUCUGAUUCGGUCGCAGGUAGAUAGGACAUUGUUCCUAGCGAUUAUUUAACACCAAAACACGGUUUAAAAGUUUUCAGAGGGAAUUUAUAAUGAAUUAGAACACUUUGUUGUGGGGUGAUAUUACUAGGCUACGUAGAGAAGACCUUCGCAUAGUUUUAGCGAUUUUUAUUUUACUGUUCUUCUCUAUUUGCAGAAAAAGCUCGUGGUAUUACAAGGAUAAUAUAGUAAAUGCCCUUGGUACCCAAGCAAUUUCUGAGCUAAAUUCUUAUAAUAUGAAAGACAUAUACUGGCAAGACGGUGUAAUUUACUCUGUGCGUGAUUAUUGAGUGAAGUGCAGUGUUAUCUCGUUGAAACAAUAUUAAGGAUUGAAAAAUGACCAAAGCGAAUGGCAAGAUGUCGUCAGGGUUUUUCCUCUUCUCGCCGUGGAUGUUGCUACUUCUAGAACUAAGCACAGUGUUUUCUGGAAGUGAGGCGGCCCACGCAGUCAAACGAUUCACAGGGUUAUACACAGGGCCGUACUUUGACCCUACAACAACGACAAACAUCACAACGCAACUGGGCACCCACGCUUAUUUGCCCUGCAAAGUGAAGCAGCUGGGCAACAAAUCUGUCUCGUGGAUCCGAAAACGUGACGCCCACAUCCUCACUGUAGAUAGAUACACCUUCAUCGCUGACGAUCGAUUUCAAGCUUUUUUGGUCGAAUCCACGGACACAUGGACCCUCCAAGUCAAGUACGUCCAAGCCAGAGACGCUGGACAGUACGAGUGCCAAGUCAGCACCGAGCCAAAAAUGAGCCAUUUCAUCACAUUAAACGUUGUUGUGCCCAAAAUCGAAAUUUUAGGAGAAUCAGACAUGUUCGUAAAAAUGGGCAGCACGGUCCAACUGAAAUGUGUCAUAACGCAAAGCCUAGAAGAACCAGCCUACAUAUUUUGGUACCACGAUGGAGAUCGUGUACUGAAGUACGACAAAAACGCCAUCGAUAUUCGACUAGAUAGAGAAGGUACUGAUACCACCGUCAGUACUUUGAUCAUAUUCCACACCAGUUCCGAAGACUCUGGAAACUACACGUGUAGCCCAUCGAAUUUAGAUUCUGCUUCUGUACUUCUUCACGUUCUAAAUGGUGAACAUCCGGCAGCAAUGCAACGCGGCAAAAAUUCAGCAUCGCCCAUACCUGGAUGGUCCCAUUUAUCAAUUGGUUUGGGAUUAGCAGCUUGCACACCUCCCAGGUUUGCCAUUACUGUUGCUCUCACGCUGGCCAUAAUCAGUGAGGUAUUAGCAUGUUAAAUUUGGUUUUGCCGUUAACGGAAAUUUCCAAAUAUUACUUCGAAAAGAAUUCUCACUGUAUUUGAAUUGAUUUGCUCAAACGAUAUUUUGAUGCUUUAAUACUUUUUCUAGUUAUUUUUAACCAAUAAAUGUCAAUUUAAAUGCAGUCAGAAUAUUAGGGAAGUAAUUGACUAAUUUAAGGGUUGUUUUCUAUUGCGACACAAAGGGCUCAAAGUAAUACAUUUUUAUUUUGUCACUAAACUGUUGAUUUGCAUUGAAGAAAUAAUGUUUGAUCAAAUAAAAACGACGACAGAGCAGGCAUAGAAAAAAUAUUUUAAUUUAAUUACAUUUAAUGAACUUCAACGACAGACAUAUGAAAAUUGAAAUGUAAUUUCAAUGCCAACUGUGAUGUGGUUUUCAUCCGAUAAUACGAUACGUUAAUAUUUUAAAUACCUAAUUUAAUAAUUAUAAAUAGGUGCUAGUUAGGGGGUUUAUAAAAAAACUUACUUGUAAAUAUUAGGAUAAGAUUCAGAUAUCGUCGUAAUGAUUUGUCAAAUUCAAAUUUGCUCCCUUUGUGUUACUUUUACGUUGACGUCAAAAGCUGUUUUAUUUCUAAAAUAGAUUUUAUAAAACAAAUAAUGAAUUUGUAACUGAUAGGUAUUUAAAAAGACAGAACAGUUUAGAACUGGACAAAAUUUCAAUCAAAAUGCAAGGGUAAACGAAAUGUACAUCUUUUUUAAAUUUGCAGAGGAAAAAAAUGAAGGCGCAACAGAAUGGAACGAAUGAAUACAAACUUCAUUAGUCGCAGUGAAUUUGUAACGCAAAUUACUUCUAAAGCAUACUUUUAUGAUACAAAUAAAGCAGCGCUCACUUGCAUAUCGCAAAAGCGGCGCCAUUUCAGAUAUUUUAACGUUGCAUCUGGCAGCGUUUGGAAUAUUAAAUGUUUUGUAUUAUACAUUCACUGAAUAGAUGAUAAACCAAUAUGCUAAAGUUCUAUAUGCAUGCAAACGCAUGCAAGAUACGUUCAGUUUAUUCAUAUACUCAACUGCCUCAUUAUAAAUUUCCAAUAUUGUUGAGGUUAUUUAUUUUAGACAUUUAUCAUUUAAUUAUGUUAUCGUCCCAUCACUCCACAGAACCGACAUAAUAGAUGAAUGUAUUUAUAAACAGACAAUUGAAAAACUACGGAUUAAUAAUUUUAUGGAUAUACGAAUUUUAAUUAAUUAUAUUAACACGUAACUAUUUUCAGUCACGUUAAAUGUGCUAAAAACGCGGUAUAGUAUUACUGGUAAAUUAUCUUCAAGGACUGGUAAAUUCGAUAUUCAUUAAAAAAGAAAUAUACACUAGGCUAGAAGCAAGAAGCCAAAUUUGCCAGAAUUCAGAAAAGAUUAGAGGCUGAAUUAGGCUUAAAGAUUAGAGGCUUAAUUAAUUUCGAACUUUUAUUACGACUGCAACAGUUUUAUUACAAUUAUUCUAUAAUGCUCUUAAAAUAUUCAUAAUUAUUGUUAUUACUGUUUUCAAAAAAUCCCGUAAAAAUAUAUUAUUUAUGAUUAAAUUGCACAAAAAAAUGGUAUAAUUUUUAAUCGCAGCAUUGCAAUCAAUAAAAGUUGCAGUUAGUUGCAAACCGAUUUUGCUUUAAAAUGAAGCUAACAAAUCAGGGUACAACUUUAACUAAUGGAAAUGACUGAGACUCUAAUUCGUUUGUUCAGAAGAUGCCGACAAUGGCGACCACAAAGACAGUGCCAAAAUUAAGUGUUCCAAUGACUUCGGAAAAACUAUAUCUAGUUCAACGCAUCUCAAAAUUCAAAAUAAAAAAAUCAUUUAUAUUAACUCUUCUUAUUUCUUUUAUAAAAGCUAUUUAAUUUUUUAUUAUUAUAUCUUAUAAUAAAAAUCGUCUAGCCUAAAGAUUAAGAAUUUCCUCACAAAGUUUAUUUACAAAAAUGAUUUCUAAUAUAACAUAUAAUUUUUAAUAAGUUUAGUGUGUGUAGACUAUAGGUUUCAUAAACAAACAAUGAAAAUGGAAAUCAUUAUACUUAUAUCUCUUCUUAUUUCUUUUAUAAAAUUUGUUUAAAUUUUAGUCGAAUUUGUAUAAAGAAAAUAUUAACAUCGAACAGUAAUUGAAAACAAUUCGGUUUAGCAAUUCAAAAAUCAAAUAAAACGAGAGAAAACCAUUAUAAAAUAAUAUCCAAACAGGCAUUCUGGUAUCGUUUACAAACAGGGUUAAAAAGCCAGAUCGCUGUAUCCUAAGACGUUCAUUCCAUUUUCUGAUAAUGUUAAUCGUAAAUCAAUAAAAUGAAAUAUUAACUUAUAAUGGGUUUAAUGUAGACCCUUUUUUAUCACGAUGUUAGAUAACCAUAAAGAUUUCUUCCAUUCCUGUAGGAGGGUCAAGUGAUGUAAAAAUGAGACAUGCCAUAUUUAGGGAAAAAAUGAGACAUUCAAAUUAAACUACUAAAAACUUAACAAAAUAUUCAGCCAGUUUUCUUGUUAGGAACAUUUAACAAUAAUUGUUAGCAGAUCAUCCCCAUAAUUUGUUUAAUUUUUGUGUUUUCUUUUCUGCAUAGUGACUUCUUUAGGUUUACUUUUGCAAUAGUUUCGUUACCUCCAUAUGCCUUUUAUAAUAAAAAAAAACUUUAGUAUUUAAACGGUGGUAACUAUGAAAAAAACCAUUUUUGAAAAAUGUCUCCAUUUUUACACCACUAGACCCUAUCCCUUUUAUCCAUAAGUAAUUUCAGAAAGAAGUGGUAUUUAUGUAAUUAAAUGAUGACCAAUCAGCCAGUAAGAUAACUCAAUUACAUGAUAACAAAAUAAUUCUUAGUAUAAUUAGUAAGUCUAGACAGGAGAUUUGAUGUUGCUGUAUUCAAUGCUCUGUUCCAAAUCAAAAGUCAGGUCUAUUAUAUAAUGAAUGGAUCAAUAUCUAAUUUUGUGUGCCUAUUUAAUGGAGUAAAAAAAUAAAUUAGCUUCUAAAUACAAGACACUUUUUAUGUUUUCUUGGCUUCUUCGAAAAAAUUAAUAAGGUCUUAGCGAUUUUUAAAAAUUAAGAUUUUUUAUUUAUUUAAUAGCAUAUUUAUUAAACUCUGUAAAAAAUGUAAAAGGUAAUCUGAUAAAAACGGCGUCAUAUAUAAACAUUGUUGUUCUGUUAAACGUCAAAACUUCAGAGAUAGGCACGGUAAAGCUCGAACUAAAAUAAUAUUUCCAAGCCUACUGCGACGUUGCUUUUUAGUUAAACAACAUAAAAAUUGCAGAUCUAAAAGAAUAAAAAAACUAUAAAACGUGCAUAGCUUUUUUCUAUAAUCUAUAGAUGUGGAGGGUGUUUGAGAUAUUUAAUUUCCUUUAGCUGUGUUGUUUCACCUAUUAAAUGAUAGAUAAGCUAAGACCUAAGUCAAUUAUUUUAGGACCGGGGAAGCCUCACUUUGAUUGCUAA